UAUUCACCAAUCACUGCUAUAUAAAGCCAGAGCAUUUGUCUCGAAUGCAGGCAACUGAUCAUAGACAAAUCUGUGCAAAAUGAACAGAGUUAAAGUUCUGCAGGCCUGGCUGUGGUGUGUGUCUCUGUGGUCGUGCUGGUCGUGCUGGCUUUCUCACGCCAUUCCUCUGGACUGCAAAGACGAGACCGGAUCACUCAUCCAAUGCACUUCAAUCUCUCAAGAGAAACUUCUAGAUCGCGUCAUCCAACAUGCAGAGCUCAUCUACCGCGUCUCUGAAGAGUCCUGUACUCUUUUUGAGGAUAUGUUUGUCCCGUACCCGCUGCAUGCUUUGAGGAAUCAGGGAGGAACCGUGUGCCACACCAAACCCUUCCCCAUCCCAGGCUCCAAGACUGAGAUUCAGCAGAUUUCGGAUAAAUGGCUGCUUCACUCGGUCCUGAUGCUGGUGCAGUCGUGGAUGGAGCCCCUCAUCUAUCUGCAAACUACUCUUAAUCGUUACGAUGACGCCCCCGACGCUCUGCUGAACAAGACCAAGUGGGUGUCUGAUAAACUGCUCAGCCUUGAGCAGGGGGUGGUGGUCCUCAUCCGCAAGAUGCUGGAUGAAGGGAUUCUGACUCCGUCCGUCUUCGAGCACACGCUGACCCCAUACGAUGAACCGUCCCCAGAGAUCCCAGAGUCCGUCCUCAGGGACUACAACCUACUCAUCUGCUUCAAGAAAGACGCCCACAAGAUGGAGACCUUCCUCAAGCUACUCAAGUGCCGUCAGAGCAACAAGCUCAGCUGCCUUUCCUACUAAACCUGCAUCUACUAUCAAAAGAAAAAAGCUUUAUUUUGAAGAAUCAAACGUGUGCGUUGAAUUGGCAGUAGGGGUAACUACAAAGUUAGCAAAGAUUAAAUGAGAUCCCUUAGUGUGAACGCCGGAAAUGGCUUUAUUUAGUGUAACGUGAAGGGAACAGAUGAAGAUUCACACCGCUCUCACACACAUCUGCACUUUUGAUGUCCUCCUUUCUCUUCCGAACUUGAGUUUGUAUGCAAUACAGACUUCACAUAGUCUUUCAGUGUCUCUCCUGGUCUCUGGUGUGUUGGCAGGCAUGUUUUUUUUUUUUUUUUUUUAUAGUGGAGAUGGUUUUACCUUUGUAUUAGUUAGAUGGAAAAGCUCUUGAUACAGAAAAUAUGCUAAUGAAGCCACAAAGCAGUGGCUGUGUGUGUGUGUGUGUGCGUGCGUGCGUGUGUGUGUGUGUGUGUGUGUGUGUGUGUGUGUGUGUGUGGUGUGGGCUGAGGGAUUUGUUCUAGGAGAGUAAAAGCUUUACUUUAUGGAUGAACAUGGUGGAAAUUUACAUGAGAUAUGACACAAGAUAAAUAUAUAACUACUGGACGGCCAAAGAAUAAGAGCAAAAUUAUUGAAUAAUGCAAAGUGUGUCUAUUAAAAAAAAAAAAAAAAAAAAAAGAUGAUUUGUGUAUAUGCAGAUUUUUUCUUACUUUAUCUUUGUCACAUUAUACUUAUCUAUGUAAAUAAAAAGAGGCAUAUAAUA